CUAAACUAUCCGUCCUCCACCUGCUCUUCCCCUUCUCUUUCUAUCUUCCCCAUUUAAUCUUCGGCCCGUUUAUUUGCGCGACACCAAAAUCCUCUGUCUCCAUCUUUCAAAUCUUCACGGCUUUGUUCAUCGUUUCCUUUUUGCCGCAGCUGGAUGGUGCUCACCUUGUUUCGCAGCAGCCACGUGCUUAUCCGGGUGUGUGGAUCGUGACGGCCUACCGCCCAGGAUGCCGCGAUAUCUCUCAAAAUGCUAUCAAGACUGAUUUCUCGCGACAACCGAAUCUCUCGGCAAAGGCGCUUCUCUGUUCGGCCAUUUUUCUGGUCCAUCAUACUUCUAACAUUUCUCGGUCUCUCUAGUUGGACUUUGCGACGGCUCACGCAUGAACCUGCCGUUCCCGACUUAUGGCGGCUUCGCCAGCGAGACAACACAGUGGAGUGUCGUUUAGUCCGUCAAGUCCAGGACCAGUGCUCUUUCAUCAGGACAAACUGCCCGGAUGAUCAAGAUGGACUCAUAUCCUACCUUGAGCUCUAUUAUUGCACCUUAGCGAAUGCAAAGCCUUUGGCGCUCACAGUCAUCAUAUCAUGGCUGUCCCUAUUGUUCAGUACUAUCGGCAUUGCUGCCAGUGAUUUCCUCUGCAUUGACCUGAGCACUCUGGCCAGUGUUCUCGGUUUGAGUGAAAGCCUCACAGGCGUCACCUUCCUUGCCUUUGGCAACGGAAGCCCUGACGUGUUUUCCACGUUUGCUGCCAUGCGAUCAAACAGUGGCAGUCUGGCUAUCGGGGAGCUUCUCGGCGCAGCAAGCUUUAUAACAUCAGUGGUUGCUGGCUCGAUGGCGCUGGUCCGCCCAUUCAAGGUCGCGCGGAGGAGUUUCGUUCGAGACGUAGGAUACUUUGUUGUGGCUGUGAGUUUCAGUAUGUUUCUACUUGCUGACGGACGCCUCCAUGUCUGGGAGUCAGCCACAAUGGUAGCUCUAUACUGUUUUUAUGUGGUGCUUGUUGUAACAUGGCACUGGUAUAUCCUACGACGGCGCCGAGCCUACGAGCGAAACCUAGCAGCACGGUCGCACUUCCACAUACCUGAGAAUCAAGAGCUCGACAUUGAAGAGAUCGAGGACGAUGAUCCUGGGAUAGCCUCAGAGUCUACGAGUCUCCUUCACGGCGAAGAUUUCAACGCGCUGGAAAGGUCCGAUGCUGGGAAUUGGCAAGGAGAGGAAGACGAUGAAACCCGCAACCGUUACCUGGCUGAGAUACGGGACAACAUGCGUGUCUUCCGCCCAAUUGCCCGCCGACGCAAUACUCUAAAUCCCAUCCGGCCAAGCCUCGUGGGUGCGCUGGAAUUCCAGUCCAUUCUUACUUCUCUCCAAAAAUCGAGGAAUCUUCACUCAGAUGCCCCACCUGUCAACCUUGACCAAUAUUCAGACAAUGAGGAAAUGGCCACGUCAUAUGUGUAUUCGGACAACGUCUCGGUUGCAUCUCAUCCGCACGCUAGUCGACCCUUGGCCAGCGAUCGCUUGCAUCCUAAUCAAGCACGUGUUCCGACUCGAACUCGAGCCGUAUCUGCCAACGCUGCAGUGGACCUAAAAUUGGACACAAGCAUAUUAGAGUCUAACUCCCGACAACCCCUGCUGACUGUCCGCCAACCCUCGGUCAACAGUCAAGCAAUAGGCGACACACAUCAGCCCGAUUGCAUACCCCAGAGUCCAACCCUCCUUGCUCCUCCGGAAUUGUUCCACUUACCCACGUAUCAAUCAUCACACUCACAUCCCAGUUCUCCGCUGCCGAUAUCCCCUAGGGAUAGCCCAAUUAGCCCUUUCCCACCUCUUCUGGAUGGAAUGGGUCCAGUGUCUUCAAGGGCACCGAGCAUUCGCUUGCCGCCUGCUACAAGUCCCACUGAACCACUCUACUUUCAGGACGGUGUUGAGGUCAAUGGGGACAACCAGAUCAAAACGUCGGCAACAUCUUGGGCUACGUCUUGGUCCAGCUUUCAGUCAAUCAUUGCGAUACUUUUUCCUACAAUGGUCGGAUGGAAAUAUAAAUCUAUCUGGGAGCGACUUUUAGGCGUCAUCGCAGCUCCUAGUGUGUUUCUGUUGACAAUCACACUCCCUGUCAUUGAGGCAGCACAGUCAAGCCCUGAUGCUGGUGGUUUUUCCGUCGUGAUAACACCUGCGGAUAAUGUCAAUAACCCUGCGCCCUUGGUAGCUUUACCGGAAGACAGCCCACUUCUACAUGCCCUUGAUUAUGAACCCAGAGCCGAAGAUGCCAUUCAUUCAAGCCGGAAAUCUCAGUGUGCACCACCGCAAUCACGUCUUGAUUCCGAAAUCCCUGUCAUUGAAGAAGGCGCGGGUUCGUGUACAACGGCCACGAAAGAGUGGUGCUCUUGGCUGGUCUGGGUCCAGCUUUUCACGGGUCCUUUCUUUGUGGCUCUGAUUACUUGGACAGCCUUGGAUCCCGAUCUGAAGCUUCGCAGUCUACUAUUACCGUUCUUGGUCUCACUACUCUUUUCGCUGGUAUGUUGUACGGCCCUUAUAAUCAGCACGCGGCACUGUUCGGCUUCGCAGCCUCCAAAAGAGUGGCGACCUUUUCUAGCACUGUUAGGGUUUGUCGUCGCUAUCUUCUGGAUUGCGACAAUAGCCACAGAAGUGGUCAACCUCCUCAAGACCUUGGGUGUUAUCUUGAACAUCAGUGAUUCUCUUCUAGGACUCACGGUUUUCGCCGUGGGCAACUCUCUAGGUGACCUUGUUGCAGAUAUCACUGUUGCGCGCCUGGGCUACCCCGUCAUGGCACUAAGUGCCUGCUUUGGGGGGCCCAUGCUAAAUAUUCUUCUAGGAAUUGGCUUGGGAGGUCUAUACAUGACUGUGAAUGCGAGGCCAGGAACAAUGGAAGCGCACGGAGGCUCUUACGAAAUUGAGGUCUCGAAAGUACUUGUCAUCAGUGGCGCUACUUUAUUGAUUACUCUGCUCGGGCUAUUGAUUGUAGUUCCGUUGAAUGGCUGGAGGAUGGACCGGAAGAUUGGCUGGGGCCUUAUGGUCUUAUGGGGUAUCAGUACACUCGGCAACGUUGUCGCUGAAAUUCUUAGUUGA